AUGUCGAUGGCCCAUGGUGCUGAGUACUACACCACAAAUGCUGUAGAUAUAACUAAUUUAUUGCUGCAGUCAAGCACUCUCACAGGCCAACUCCGAGUCAUCCAAUAUUUACAGGUUGAAGCACUGUCCAGUCCAGGCCCUGCUUUGAUGAUCAAGUGCUUCCGAGUCUGCCAUGGCUUCAGUGGCACUUCCUACAGCAUCUAUGUCCCUCAGGUCCACCUUGUGGCUCAACAUUUGUUGCUAUGGGUUGGACUGAUCUUUUUCAGAACGACGUCACUUGUGAAGAUCAAAGCCUUUAUUUAUGCAAACACUAUCUACUGUGACAGAGAGAUUAUAGAUAUCGAGGUUGAAAUAUUGUACUACAUAGCAUUGUUUUCUCAUCCCUCCAGUCUGACCACUAUGCCUCAUAAAUGGACAAGCAAUGAGCAAGAGGAAUUUCUCACCUCCAUGUUGGGAGAAUUUCGCAUGCAUGCUGCAGACAAGAAAUACGAGGAGUUCUGGAAAAAACAACUAGUUACAUGGUACCAUUGGUGGAAAAACCCUGCUCAUCUGGGCUGCACAAGUGGUGUUAAAGGAGCUUUAAAGUUCGACACUGUGUUGGCUGGUGGUGUCAAACUUAAGGGGACCUGCACACCACAAAAAAUGAACAUUUACUCCUACAAAUACUAUGAAGAAAAAGUCAAGGACACUGCAGAUGCUAAAAUCAGAGUAGAGAAAGUUACUGACUGCAGGCCAAAGCUGAACAAGCGCCAUGAGGUCAUGCGCCGUAUGGCUAUCUGUGAGCUUGGUCCUAUGCUUGAUCAGAUCCUUAAGUACCUUGCAUAUGCCAUGGGUGGGUGGAAGUUCAUGAUCCUUAUGGGAGGGAAUGAUCCUAGCACUGGAGAGGUGUCUGUUUUCAACUAUCAUGUUGGUGAACUUGAGAGUGGGGUGCAGUUUGAUCAGACUUAUGCCAAUUUUGAUGUGGUGCAGGCUGCAUUCCUAACCUUCAUCAAAGAUGCUCUCGCAUUUGAGUCAACACUGCCCCAAGACUCAGAUAAUGAGGAAGCAGAAGAUUCAUCAGACUCACAUGAUAGUUCAGAUGAAGAGGACUUGGAUGAUCUCCUACCAAACAGCAUCCAUCGAAUCAACACUGUGGGCAUGUACCAGAUGACUCCUCAGUCUGAGUCAUCCAUCAAAGACAAUUUUGCUGCCAGCAUAGCAUCAACUGAUGCAUCACUCCCGCAUAUGCAAACCUUAGGUAAUGCAUCACCUGGUUCUCAGCUCCCAAGUGAUUCCAAAUUUGCUUCAUUCAACAACUCCUCCAACCUACCUGUGUUUGACCAUGAAGUGUUUACCGCUCUCAUCAAUGACCCAAAUUUCAACAUCAGCAUUUUGGAUGCUGUCCCUGAACGCCCCCCCCUUCAAUCCACCCCAUAUCCCGAAGUCUUUAUCCCUCCAGCUCCUCGUGCUGAUGAUCCAUCAUCUACCCAAUAUCCUGAAGUCUUUAUCCCUCCAGCUCCUUGCACUGAUGAUCCAUCAUCUACCCAAUGUCCCAAAGUCUUUAUCCCUCCAGCUCCUCACACUGACGAUGCAUCUACCCAAUGUCCUCAAGUCUUUAUCCCUCUGGCUCCUCGCACUGAUGAUGCAUUAUCUGACCAAUAUUCCCAAGUCAUUAUCCCUCCAGCUCCUCAUGCUGAUGUUGAAAAUAUGGGAACACUUAAUGAAUCUGAUGGUGCUGGCGCUGACCCAGAUGCUGAAGGUACACAGAACACAGAAGCACCAACUUCAUUAGUCCAAACAAAGACUCAGCAUCAUCGUGGAAGGCACACACAACAACAUUCACAAUUGACUGCGCCCACUUCCUUGGCAAAUGAAAUCCAACCACUCCCAGAAGGGCAUUGCCGAGUGCGCAAACCCUUCAAUGCAAGAGAAUGUGACAAUGAUAUUGGCGGGCCAAUGAAGCGUGCUCAACAUACAUAA